UUUCACAAAUACAUAUUGAAUAUAAUACUGAUGGAAUUAUGUUCUAGUAUACCAAUUUCAGUAACGAAAACUCGCUUUGUAACAAAAUAUAUUUUAUAUAUUUUCUACUAAAGCUGUUCUGCAUAAGCGGAAAUGUCAACCGUCUUGUAAUAAGACAGGAUUUUACAGCGGCUGAUAGGAAUCCAAACGAUUUCUUUGUGAAAAGUAGUUCCUUUUAAUAAUUUAUUUAAGACGGCAGUAGUGCUUAAUAUCUCAAAGGAGAAAUACAGAUUUGUACGAACAAAUCCUGUUCUACAAUAUUUCUCUUCUUGGCGAGAACAUAUCUUUGGCUAUAGUUCUGUUUUGUGCAUAUGGGAACAAUAGAAUAUACUUAACUCAGCACAACGAAAGGACAUUCUAAUAAUUUAUGUACUAUCUUUCGAAGGAUUAUUAACAAAUGCUGAAAGAUAUUAGUUGACAGAUUACGGACUGUCUCACACUGAAUCGUGUUACCUGAUGUGAACGUCGUUGACGAUUCUGUUUUAUGAAAUGGUUUGUAUAGGUGGCAUUUAAAAUGGCUUCAGGUUACAUUGGAAUUGAUGCAGCAAACAUUAGCGUUUGUAAUUCUACACAAAAUGGAAGCAGUACACAGGACAAUGUGUUUCUUGAAAACUACAACAACGAAAUAUUUAUCACAAAGCUGCCAGCUAUCGUGUACACGUCAAUAAUGAUGAUUCUUGGACUUCCUGGCAAUAUCAUUGUCUUCUAUAUCUACUUUUGCAAAUGGCGGAGGAGCACAUCCAGGAUGUUUAUAUUGUUUCUUGCAGCACUUGAUACAAUGAACUGCUCCACAACACUUCCAAUGGAAAUUUAUAUCAUGAGAAAUUCUUUGAAGCUUGACCAGCCUGUAUUAUGUAAGCUUUCUCGAUUUUCAACAUAUGUGAUGAAUUGCUCUUCAGCUUUAAUUCUUGUUGGUAUCGCUGUGGACAGAUUCAAACGUAUAUGCAGGCCAUAUCAGCGAGCGUUCAGCGAAGACCAGUCAAAGUAUAUUUCUAUCGCUGCCAUUGUGUUUUCCAUGGCAACUACGUGGCCAUCUUUAAUUCUGUACGGUACGAGAACAGUUAAUCUUGGGAAUGUUACAGGAUCAGCCUGUCUCCUUGAGAACAGGUAUGACACGUCACCAUAUCCUCUGGCAUACUUCAGUUUCAUGAUAACGACAACCAUGAUAUCAUUUGUGGUAUUAAUUAUAUUGUAUUAUCUCGUGGGGUCACAAAUAUAUAGACAUAGAAAGUUUAAGCUUAAAAACUGCACACACGUGCAGAAAAUAAUAGAUGACAAAUCAGUUACUGUGAAAUCAGAAAAGUCGAACGGAGAAAAACUGAAAUCUUCAAACAAUGAUGUAAACAACGGCGAGAAUAAACCCUGUGUCAAUGAUGAAAAUGUUGUAAUAGUUGUUAAAGAGGAGUCCGUUAUUCAAAAUGAAAACAAUGAAGAUGAAUUGAAACCGUAUCAGUUAGGAUUACCGCCACCAUGCAAGGACGUUGGGACAAGCUGCGGUCUACUGGAUAUACCGUAUCAACAAGAAAACGGGCAACAUAGUUCUGUGUCUGAUAUAACAAAAGAGACUAGCGAGCAUAUUCAUGACUUUAAGGUAGACGAAGCUCCUGUGUUAAAGAAACCAUCUCCUCAACGUAAAAAUCAAAAUACCAAAGAAAAGAAAAAGAGAAGGCGAGUACGAUACUUACUUGUGCGAGGUUCAUCGACACUGAAUGCAUCUGGGCGAGCUAAAUGUGUAAACUGUUUAACAGUUAGAAUUGGUCGAUCAACGUUAAUGUUAUUUCUUAUAACAAUUGCGUUUGUAAUAAGUUUCUUGCCGUUUUAUAUUCUUGUUAUUGUAAGACAAUCUGACAGUAAUUUUGUCUCCGGGAUGUCGAAAUCCUGGCUGCCGGCUUAUCAUUUGUUUCUAAGAUCGUACUUAUUGUCGAGUGCUGUGAAUCCUUUUAUAUACUCAUUUUGUAAUGCUCAGUUUAGGGAAUAUUGUAAGGAGACAUUUUCAAGAAUUUUGUUAAGGAGACAGCAGUCAUUUAUAAAUCAUUCAAAGUAUUUUAGGCGGAAACGCUGAGUAUAAGAUUUGUUUUAAUAUAAUUUUGGAAGACGUUGGUUAAGGGUCUGCAAAGUAUUUGUACAUUAGAACAACAGAUUAAAGCCGAGGUAACACGGAUUAGAUUCAUAACUCGGACAUGUUUCUUUUCUUGAUUUAGCAUUUAAAAAAAAAAAAGAGUUUAGAAACAAAAAGUCAUGAUGAAAUGUUCAUUAUAAUAAUGACCAAUCUUCAAUUUUAAGGAAAGAUCAUUUUUAUCCGAAGCCUGGAGUCCAGUUUCAUGAAUGACAGUUAUAUAAUGUUUAAUUUGUUUUCAUUGAAUCAAAAUAUAAAACGACUCCUGUGCAUUUUAUGAAGAGUAGAAAUGGAAAUAAUUUAUGUGUUAAAACAUGUAUUUCAUGAAAGUGGCCUUUGACUUUUACAUAAUAUACCUGUAAUUCACUAAUUUAUAAAGAGUGAAAUGACUUAGUGUUAAUGAUGACACAAUGAAUCUUGCAACAAAUUACAACAAUUUUCACUUUUCUUUCGAAGUAUAAAAUGCCAGACAGACACUUGAUACAUGUAUCAAAUUUAGUCCAUAGUUUAAACGAGUAGCUGUUAGGAACGAUCAGUAAAACAAAUUUAUUUGAAAUGAUAACUCUAUCACAGUGACUAUUAACUUGCCAAUUCGCUCAUUCUACUAUUCAUGUACGCUGUUAUUAUGAAUUGGAUAAAUUUUGUAUACAUUUAGUGACAAUUAAAUGUUUUGUUUUGUAA